UGACGGUGUGAGAUGAGGUAGCUCUGCGAAGCAUCAAACGAGCUCUAAUGCUAUGGGCGGGGUCAGCCUCGGAUUACGAACCGACUUGCAGGAGUCCUGUAAAAGAUUCGAUAAACAGCCCGUGUCGUCAUCAAGUUGUCCUUCCAGAAGCGCGCUCAUGGCAGUGACCGAGUGAGUUAUGAACUGGAGAGGCUGUUGACAGAACAAUUGCACUCGGCGCAAUGACAGCUCUCAACAUUAGGGACGAAGACUUGGCAUAUUUGAGAGGGUCUGUCGUUGUGCUGACCGGCGGGUCGUCAGGGAUAGGUCUCGCUACGAUAGAGCUGUUGAUCGCUUUGGGCGCUUCAGUCGUAUCUGGCGACCUGAGCCCAAGCCCUGUGCAGCAUCCUCGCCUUUCGUUCCACAAGACGGAUGUGACGGCAUGGCAUGAUCUGCAAGCGCUGUUUGCUCAUGCGAAGCAGCUGCAUGGUCGCAUACACCACGUCUUUGCCAAUGCUGGGAUUUCCGGCCGCAUGAACUACCUCGAAGACCGCUUCGACGGGAGUGGGAGCCUGUUGGAACCUGAGCAUUUGACACUCGACAUCAACCUACGCGCCAUGAUAAAUACUUGCUACCUCGGUCUGCACUAUCUGCGCCAUCAACAGCCUGCAGGCGGAAGCAUCGUUGUUACAGCGUCUGGGUCGAGCUUCCAGCGUUUCCGAGUAGUCGAUUAUGCUACGGCAAAACACGGCGUGCUAGGCUUCAUUCGUGGACUUGUACCGAAUCUUGAGAAAGCAGGCCUGCCUAUUCGCAUCAACGGUAUCGCCCCGAGCUGGACGCGAACAGGACUUGUGCCGGCCGGCUUGCUGGAAGCUAUUGGCGCUCAGUCGCAGUCUGCCGAGGUCGUCGCACGUUCUGUGGCCCUGCUUAUGGCGGAUGCGAGACGCCAGGGCCAGCUGAUAUGGUCCGAUCGUGGGAACUAUUUGGAGAUAGAGCAGCCAAUGUUGUCAUUCGUUGUUGACAUUCUCGGAGGCCAUGAAGAGACCGCUGACGGUAUUAUGGACAAGAUUGAGGCAGUCAUACCUAAUUUGGGCAGUAGAAAGACCGAGGGCGGCGUGCACCAGUAGCCGUGCUGGAGUUGGAAAUGCUUGCUCGCCGGAGCUCAUUCGCAACUCCGAUCUACGGAAGUUGGGACGUUUGCUCCUUCUGCGACCUGCAGGCUCCUGAACGUUAACAGGUAACGGAACGUUUGAAAGC